AUGAUACUGCUAGUGGCUAUUGUGGUGGUAUACCUGAGCUAUGUACUGUUCAAGUACCACCAAAAACGUCAGAAAUUGCUACACAUUCGCAAGCAUUUCGAUGGCCCUUACCCCGAGUACUUUCUUGGAUGUUUCUAUCUGUUCCGAAACAAAUCUGUCCCAGAAAUAUUCGACUUGAUUAACGGAAUGCACCAUAAAUAUGGCGCCGAUGUUAGUAUGGUUGGUGCUUUCAAUGACCUCGUGCUAGAUAUCUCCGGUGCCCAAAAUUUGGAGAAGGUAUUACUCGCCAAGACAACGAAAAAGUCCUUCCCGUACGAAUUUCUCGAACCGUGGCUCGGUACCGGCUUGCUGCUGUCGUUCGGCGAAAAAUGGUUCCAGCGGCGUAGAAUCAUAACACCCGCGUUUCACUUUAAAAUUCUCGACCAAUUCAUGGACGUGUUCAACCACGAAGCGGACGUACUGGUGGCAAAGUUGGAGAAGCAGGUGAACAAACAAGAGUUCGAUAUCUACGAUUAUAUCACGCUCUAUGCACUGGACAGCAUUUGCGCAACAUCGAUGGGAGUGCAAAUCAACGCGCAGGAGGAUCCGAACAACGAGUACGCUCGGGGCGUAAAGCAAAUGUCAGAGUUUAUCUUCCGGCGCGUGUUUAGUGUGCUGCGUCAGUUUCCGUCACUGUUCUUCCUGUACCCGUUCGCCCGGGAACAGGGUCGGGUGAUUAAGAAGCUGCAUGAUUUUACCAACUCUGUAAUUGAGACGCGUCGCCGCCAGCUACAGGCAGAACAGUCCGUCGGUAAGGUGGAAUUCAACGCGGAUGAGGAUGAGCUGUAUACGAAGCGCCGGGAUACUUUCCUCGAUCAGUUGCUGAAGGUGACGAUCGAUGGUAAACCACUCAGUACGGCCGACAUUCGCGAGGAGGUGGAUACGUUCAUGUUCGAAGGCCACGACACAACGACGUCCGGCAUUUCGUUCACUAUUCUUCAGCUGGCCAAACACCAGGACAUUCAGCAGAAAUUGUUUGAGGAGAUUGAUGGCAUGCUGGGAGCGAACGCCAAAAGCACUGCAUUAACCAGCACAUUACUCCAGGAAAUGAAGUACUUGGAUUUGGUGAUCAAAGAAUCGUUACGCUUGGUACCUCCAGUCCCGUUCAUUGGACGAAAACUCCUCGAAGAUAUGGAAAUGAAUGGCAUUACGGUACCUGCUGGAACCACCAUGUCUCUAAACAUCUUCAACGUGCACCGCAAUCCCAAAGUGUUCCCCGAUCCGGAAAAGUUCGACCCGGAACGGUUCUCGGACGAAAACGAAAUUAAGCGGGGACCCUACGAUUACAUUCCGUUCAGUGCCGGGUUCCGAAACUGCAUCGGCCAGAAAUACGCACUGUUGGAGAUGAAGGUUACCAUCGUAAAGCUGCUCGCUAGCUACCAAAUUCUGCCCGGAGAAUCCAUCAAUCAAGUGCGCUACAAGACGGAUUUGGUUCUUCGUCCGACAGCCGGCAUUCCGGUGAAACUUUUGAAGAGGAAUUAA